CAUUCAAACAGUACGUUCUCAUUUUGGUAUAAAGUAUAAACUAACCAUAUUCAUAUUUUCUUGAUCUCUAUCUAGAGAAAAGGCUCAAAAAAGAAGAAGAAAGAAAUGGCUAUUGAGAUUGAGAAAUCAACAGUUAAGCUCUCAAAAGUUGCAGUCUCAGAUACACAUGGAGAAAAUUCACCUUAUUUUGCAGGGUGGAAAGCAUAUGAUGAAAAUCCUUUUGAUGGAGUUCACAACCCAUCUGGAGUUAUUCAAAUGGGAUUGGCAGAAAAUCAAGUAUCAUUUGAUUUGUUGGAAGAGUACUUGGAAAAACAAACAGAAGAAGCUAGCUGUGGAAGUGGAAGAAUUUCUAGCUUUAGGGAAAAUGCUUUAUUUCAAGAUUAUCAUGGACUUCUUUCUUUUAGAAAAGCAAUGGCUAGUUUCAUGGAACAAAUAAGAGGUGGAAGGGCAAAAUUUAAUCCUGAAAGAAUUGUUAUUACAGCUGGUGCAACAGCUGCUAAUGAGUUAUUAACAUUUAUUCUUGCUGAUCCUGGUGAUGCUUUGCUUGUUCCAACUCCUUACUAUCCAGGGUUUGACAGAGAUUUGAGGUGGAGAACAGGUGUAAAAAUAAUUCCAGUCCAUUGUGACAGUUCAAAUAAUUUCCAAGUUACACCACAAGCCUUAGAAUCAGCCUAUGAGGAAGCAAAAUCCAACAACAUCAAAGUUAGAGGAAUACUUAUAACAAACCCUUCAAAUCCUUUAGGAGCAACAAUUCAAAGAUCAAUCCUUGAGGAAAUUCUAGAAUUCGCGGUUCGAAAAAACAUCCAUCUUGUCUCAGAUGAAAUCUAUUCUGGUUCAGUAUUCUGUUCCUCAGAAUUCAUUAGCAUUGCUGAAAUUCUUGAAUCAAGAAAUUACAAGGAUUCAGAGAGAGUUCACAUUGUGUAUAGCCUUUCUAAAGACUUAGGAUUACCUGGAUUUCGAGUUGGGACAAUUUAUUCAUACAAUGAUAAGGUUGUCACAACAGCUAGGAGAAUGUCGAGUUUUACCUUAAUUUCUUCUCAGACACAACAACUCUUGGCGUCCAUGUUGUCAGACAAGAAUUUCACGAACAAAUACAUUAAGACGAAUCGCGAGAGAUUGAGAAAGAGAUAUGAAAUGAUAAUUGAUGGAUUGAAGAGUGCUGGAAUUGAAUGUUUGAAAGGAAAUGCAGGUUUAUUUUGUUGGAUGAAUUUGAGUCAAUUAUUGGAUAAGCCAACAAGAGAAUGUGAAUUGGAACUUUGGAAUUCAAUAUUGUGUGAAGUGAAGCUGAAUAUUUCUCCAGGAUCUUCUUGUCAUUGUUCAGAGCCUGGUUGGUUUAGAGUUUGUUUUGCUAAUAUGAGUGAACAAACACUAGAAAUUGCACUCACAAGAUUGCAUAAUUUCAUGCAAAAAAGAAUACAAAAGAGUCUUUUUUAAUUCUUUUUGGUUUCAGGAAAUUAAUUCCAUUUUUGACUGUUAUUGGAUUAGUUCUCUCAAUGAUGCCAAUUGUCAAUUCCGAGAAUUGGAUUUUGUACUCAAACACUGCAAAUCUACUGAAUUCAAGUUAUACA